AUGGUUAGAAACUUCCAAAUCACAAUUGAUGGUCGCAACUUCCCUGAUAAUGCAAUGAGUACUGUUGGAGAUAUCUUCUUUACACGUAUGCUACAAGCUAGUGAUUUAGAUGGUGUUAAUGAAUGUACAGAAGAAUAUGAAGAUAGCUUAACACGAGAAAGAAGUACUUCAGAGAAAAUGCUUGCACCGUGGAAAGAUCAAACAUCCUUUAUUUGUACCAUACCUGUUAUGAGGGAUGGUGGAAGUGUCUUCUUUGAUGGUUUAGAAACAAAGAAUAACCAAGUCAGUAUUAGAUUACAAGCAAAUCCAAUUCAUACUAAAAGAGAGGCUGAUGUAUACUGUUCUGUUCAAGAUGUUGCACCACCUCAGAUGUGGUUUACAAGGACAACUUACUGGACUUGGUGUCCUGAAGAUGGUUUGAAAUACCAUGCAACAGGAACUCCGGCUAAAUAUGCUUCACCAGCGGAUAAUGUUUAA